AUGGAACAUACUCCAGCUCCAUAUGGACCAAGAUCUGUUUAUGGAUAUGCUUUAUACAUAAGUUCAAAUAUGUUAUUUCUUUUAUUUUUGGUAUGGGCUGUAAUACCAGACCAAAUUUUAUACGAGUUAGGAUUAACAUAUUGGCCUUCUAAGUACUGGGCUAUAGCAAUUCCAAUUUGGGCUUUAACUGCCCUUGCAAUAUUUGCAUUUAUUAUUUAUCCAGCUAUAAACUUGUCUAUGACACCAGAUAUUAAUGAUAUUGCAACUAUUACAGAUAAAUAUUCAUGUCCAAAAAAAGAAACUAUUCCAGAUGGUAUACCACCUGUGUAUGAUAUUCCAAUAACAAAAGUUUGUAGGAAAUUGUAUUUAUCAAAAAAAACAAUAAAUUAACAAUAAAUGAUAUUAAAAA